CCACCCACCCCCUCUGGGGAGGCCUAGUCCCCAGUCCCUCUCUGCUCUCCUCAGGACUCCACCGCUAGAAAAGUUGCUGUUUCAGGGAUCAUCUUGCCUACCUCCCGCCUGUUUACAUCUUCUGUGGUCACAGGCUCCUUCACUUAUGGGGCCUGCCUGGGCCCAGGCCCACUUGACAGGUAAUCUCUGGCUGCCUCUGCUCUGGCUACUCCUGUCCCCAGGCUGCUGCUCCCGUGCCCUCCCAGGAUGGCGCUUCACUUCCUCUGAAGUCGUGAUCCCCAGGAAGGUGUCCCACAGGGUGGGUGGAAUGGAGAGACAAGGCCACCUCUCCUAUAAGAUUCACUUCAGGGGGCAAAGACAUGUGGUUCACAUGAAAGUUAAGAAGAACCUGCUGCCCAGACAUUUUCCUGUGAUCACCGAUAACGAUCAGGGUGCCAUGCAGGAGGACUACCCUUUUGUCCCCCGAGACUGCUACUACUACAGCUACCUGGAAGGGGUCCCUGGGUCCAUGGGCACGCUGGACACCUGCAAUGGGGGUCUGCGUGGCAUGCUGCAGGUCGAUGACUUCACGUAUGAAAUAAAACCGCUGGAGGCUUCUUCCACAUUUGAGCACGUGGUUUCCCUGCUUGUGACAGAAGGAAGAUCAUCAGAGGCUCAAAAGUGUAAGAUUGGAGAGCAAGAUACAGAUCAAGCAUAUGAGGAGGCAAUGCUUGCUGGAACUCCUAGAGCAGGCCCAGUGUAUUUGUGGCAGUCACAUAGGAAAUUUUUAAAAAUUCACUACACAAUUUCUCACUCUUUAUAUUUGAUGAGGCCUAAUAUAACACAGGCAAUAGAGGGUGUGGUAAUGAUAAACAGCAUACUUCACACAAUUUACCAACAAUCUCUUAUAAAUGUCUAUAUACGUCUUUUGUGCAUAUGGAAUGAUCGGGAUCAUGUAGAAAUAACAAAGAAAAAAUCAGCAUAUUCUGCUGUAGAAGACUUUGGCUUGUGGAAAUAUUAUGGAUUUUUCUAUAAGAUUGAACAUGAUACUUCCCUACUUCUUACAGGACAUAAGAUUGUAGGAAGUAUAUACUUUGCCCACCAUGGUGGAACAUGCAACCCCAACUGGGGAGCAAUGUUUGUGUAUGUAGCAAAUUAUCACAUAUUCUUGGCUGGGGGUAUUUCAGCACACACCUUAGGUCACAGCUUAAACCUUGUCCAUGAUGUAUUUGGUUGUAAAUGUUUUAGAAGAAGCCACUGUGUCAUGACUGAACAGCCUGGUUUAAUGGAUAUGUUGAGUAAUUGUUCUUAUGACAGCCUGCACCGUCGAGUUAGUGGAUGGGAUCCUUGUAUGAGCAUACCAAAUGUACCAUACACCAAUUUUCCUUAUGUAGCUCCUCGUUGUGGUGACAAGAUUAGAAAUCAGUUGGAAGAAUGUGACUGUGGCUCCCUUAAAGACUGCAAUGACAAUAAAUGUUGUGAGACCAAUUGUGCCUUUUCCCUUGGGAGUGACUGCAGCGAAGGAUCCUGUUGCGUUAACUGCAAAUAUGCUCAACCUGGACUGCUUUGCAGGGACAUACUCGGUAUUUGUGAUCUCCCAGAAUACUGUGAUGGGACAUCGCAUAAUUGUCCUAAUGACGUUUACACCCAGGAUGGAACCCCAUGUUCAACGUUAGCUGUCUGUGUGAGAGGAAACUGUACUGAUCGUGAUAUGCAGUGUCAAUCCCUUUUUGGCUAUGGAAUAAAAGAUGCUGCACCAGCAUGCUAUGAAAAACUGAACGUAUUAGGUGAUCGAUUUGGGAACUGUGGGGUGAGGGUGGUACGAGGAGGAGGAAAACCUGUUAGAUGUGAAGAAGAUGAUGUUCUUUGUGGAAUGCUGCACUGUCGUGAUGUUGAAGAAAUUCCUGGUGGAGGUGACCAUGUUACAUUUCGUCACAUAAUAGUAACAGGUAUUAAUCAAGAAAAAUGCUUUGGAUACGAUGCACACCAUGGGACAGAGAUCCCAGAAAUGGGGCUAGUUGUGGAUGGGGCAACAUGUGGCCCAGGAAAAUACUGCUUGAAUCAGAAUUGUACUUUUUAUCAAGACAUGGGUUUUGACUGUGAUGUGAGUACAUGCAAUUUCAGAGGGGUGUGUAACAGCAAGAAACACUGUCACUGUAUGAGAGGUUGGAAACCCCCAACAUGUGAAGAGAAAGGAGCAGGUGGUAGUAUAGAUAGUGGCCCUCCACCGGACAGAGAAUAUGUUCUAAGAGGCAAAGUAACUGUUAGUGUAAACAGGGCACUAGGUUUAAUAGUGAUUCGUACAUUACUUUUCCUGACUGGGUUAAUCAUUGGACUCUUUUUCCAAUUAAAAAAAAGGUACUGAGGAGCACAAAACAUAAACCUUCGAAGCAUCAAUAUUUCAGUUAGUUAAUACCAGUGAUAUGCACAAAAUGGACAAAAUAACAUUGACCACUGGAAAAAUGAUCAAUAAAGACUCUUAUAAUUAUA